CACACACCCCGGCAGGAGAGCAGCAAGAGACAGAGCAGAACAACUGAGGGGAAGAUGUGUGACACUCAGAAUCUCCAGCCAGUUGAAGUAGUGGACACUGAGGUGGAUGAGGGGUCCGGCAUCCCCCCAGCGGAGAAGGUGGAUCCAGAGGAGGAAGUGUCCAAUCCUCCCACAGAGGAAAGCCUUGAUGCUGGGGAGACGAUGCAGGAUAGCCCUGAGGAAGCAAAGAGGGAACCAGAGAACAAGGCCGAGGGAGAGCUAAGCCAGACAACUGCACCCGACCAUUCAAAUGAGUUAAAACCUCCACUUGUUAGUAUACGAAAAGACGUGGGUGUGAGUGGACACAGGCGAAUAGGAGGUCACAACCCUAAAAGCACCAAUCACACGGCAUCGGCAGCUCUUCCUUCCUCAACGGCCAGUACAACUGUUUCAGGGAAACGGACGAUGGUACUCUCCAACGAAGCCAGGAAAGAGAUGGCCAAGCAGGCCAGGGCUGCCAAGGAUGAGCGUCGGGCCAUGCUAGAUGCCCGCCACAAGUACCUCAUAGCCAAGCUUGUAGACAGUGUGAGCCUGGGGGAGACUGAGGUGGAGGAGGCCUUUAUAUCGGAUGACAAGUUCAAUUUGAUAGAGGAGUUUUUUGUGCCUAAUGGAUCAAAGAGGUUGAUAUUCUUCUAUCAAGACAUAAAAGUGCCUUCAUCAAACCACCCCACCUGGGCAGACACAGUCAGUUCUACCCCUGGGCAGAAAAAGCUCUUUCUCACCACUGGUACUUCAGAGGCCUUACUUGAAAAGUGUUUGUUUUUCUUGAGAACGACAGACAAGGCCAUAACGACCGCCAAUGUUUCUCAGGAAGUGAAUUUUGGAAUGCUAGACUGCACUAAUGGGAGCAUUCUGUACAGUAUGGAGAAACUGUUCUCACAAAUUAUGCUGCCUGCACUCAAGUCUCAAGAGAAUUGGGGCUCCAUGAAGGAUGGACUUCAGAAUGCUCAGAUUCAGGACUUCCUGAGUUCAGUGGACAAGUUCAUUAGCAACCUCUCCUCUGCCAGACUGAAUAUGGAGGGAAGGUUCCAUCUCCACAGAGUGGACACUGGACAGAGCCUAAGCAGCCUGCUAGGCCCAGCAGACUACACAGCUGCAGCCAAUAACUCCGAACUGGUGGAAGAGCUGGAGGGAGUUCUCCUUCACUGGGCCCACCAGAUCGAACAGGUGCUGACGGAGGGCGAGCAAAUGAGGAAGGAGGCCGAUGACAUAGGGCCCUCUGCUGAACUGGAGCAUUGGAAAAGCCGCAUGACCACUUUUAACAGCUUAAUGGAUGAGAUCAAACGACCCCAUGUGAAGAAGGUUAUUGGAGUGCUGCAGGUGGCCAAGUCAAAGACACUAAGGACUUGGAGAGAGCUGGAUGGAAACAUCACUGUUGUGGCAAAUGAAGCAAAAGACAAUAUGAAAUACCUCUACACAUUGGAGAAGUUCUUUGGCCCACUUGGAAAGUGCACUCCGACGACCAUGUUGGAACACAUUCCCAGACUGAUGAACAGCAUCCGUAUGAUCCACAGCAUCUCCCAGUACUACAAUACCUCAGAGAGAAUGACCUCUCUCUUUGUCAAGGUCACCAACCAGAUGAUGAUUACAACCUGCAAGGCCUACCUAUGCCAGGAUGUGGCCAAGGUCUGGGAUCAUGACAGAAAUGAGAUGUUGAGGAGGAUCAGAGAAUGCACACAGCUCAACCAGGAGUAUCAGCUGUGCUUCCAGAGGGUGCGAGAGAAGCUUCGGGACAACCUCAACGACAAGCAGUUUGAGUUCAGUGAGAAUUACAUCUUGUGGAGGAUCGAGAAGAUCUUUGUUCGCUAUCAGACCAUUGUGACCACCACCAAGUCCAAGACCUACAAUGUGCUUGACCGCAAGUUGGAGUUUGACAGUGACUACACAGAGUUCAAGUUCCAGAUCCAAGGACUCUUCCAGUCUCUCCAGUCAUUGCUAGUGGCCUGGUUUGAGCAGUCACUAACCACUGAGCGAAUGCUUGACCUCCUCUCCAAGUUUGAGAAUGGCGUCGGUAAGCAGCUGGACCUCACAGACAAAUACAUGGCAGUACUGCAGCGCUAUAGCCGAGACCUGGAGCUUACCCUGAGAGAGGAAGGACCAGGCUACAAGGAAAUGCUGCAGGACUUUGAAGCAGUCUUAUCCAGGAUCCCUCCCAUCCUCUUCCCCCUGAUGCAGCCCUUCAUCAGACACGUGGAGAACUCUCUCUCCCCAGGGCUCACUACUCUCCCUGGACAUCACUCAACACUGACAGAUAAUGUAUAUGGAGUACUGCAAGAACUGGAGCAAGUUGCAAAGGUUGCCAUGGAUACACUGGAGUGUCGCAUCGAGAGAAUCCUACAGGCCAUGUCGUCCACUGCCCUGCUGGUGCUGCCCGAGGAUAUGCCCGUUUCAUCCCAAAACUUUCAUAGCCAAGCUGAGGAUACUGUGAGGUCUGCUGGGAAGGCACUGAGCAUCCAAAGUAAACAAGUGGAAAUGUCUAUGUACGAGAUGACUGACGAGCUGAAAAAGAGGAUGACGCCAGCAGAAGUAGUCAACCUAAAGCUGUGCCAGAGGAACACAGAGGCCCUGGUCAAAGGCUUCAUGUGGCGAGUUCCAAGUACCAGUCGUCCCUCGUACCUGAGUCGACCACAGGUCCAGGUUCCUCUCUUCGAGGCCUCUAUUCAGCUGGCCAUUCCGAACAUCGUCCUCAAGCCCAGUCUAGAGGACAUCCAGAGUACUGUCAACAAAGUUGUGAGCAUUGUGCUGUCUAUGGCUACAGACAUCCCACUAUGGACAUUUUCCCAUCUACAUCACAAGCAGCUUCAGGCAGAGCAGGCUGCAGUCAGGGACGCUGGGGACGACGGCCCCCUGACCAAACAGCUGGUCCUCAAGCCCCUGGACCGGCAGCUGGCCGAGCACAAGGACGACCGAGGCCGGGGGGAUGUACUGCAGGAGUUCCAUCACUUCUCCACCCUGUGGAAUCAGGACCCAGAGGAAGAAGUGAAAACCUUCCUGGAGACCAGUCCAUCCCUCCCAGCGUUCAGCACUCAGAUUUCCUCCUACUCUAAAAUGGAAGCUCAGAUUGACAGUUUGCCAGCCUCCUGCACUGUGGGCUCAGUCCUGUUCCACACAGAACACCUUAAGCUCUCCCUGACCCAGGAGUGCCGUGCCUGGAAACGGCCUUUGGGCUGCGCUGAACAGCCAGGCCUCAGCCGACAUGGCCGACAUCUACUCCUUGUGGACGGCCUGACCAAGAGGCUCCAGAGGCCUGUCGAAGACCUGGAGGACGUUAGGGGAGCCAUGGCCUCUCUCCGAGAGGUCAGAGAGGCAGAGAUCCGGAUAGACGCCACCAUCGGCCCCGUGGAGGAGUCGUUCGCCCUGCUCAACCGCCACGAGUUGAUCUUCAGCGACGGGAACGCAGAGAAGGUGGACGGGCUGACGUACGCCUGGAGGAACCUCAAUGCAAUGGUGAUGGAAACCCAAAACACCCUGGUGAAGAUUCAACCUGCCAUGAAGGCAGACCUACUGUCAGGGGUAGAGACCUUCCAGAACUCUGUCCAGACAUACUACUCAGAUUAUGACAAAAGUGGAGGGUUGACCCCAGAUGAAGCCAGCGACAGACUGCAGAGCUUCCAGGCCCAGUUCAAUGAGCUGUGGAGAAAAUAUGUUACCUACUCUGGAGGGGAGGAGCUAUUCGGCCUCUCAGUUAACGAAUAUCCCGAUCUUCAGAGAAUUAAAAGAGAGCUGGGUCUUUUGUCAAAACUUUACACGCUCUACAACUCUGUCACUGAAAGUGUGACUAGUUACUAUGAUAUCCAAUGGGCUGACCUAAACAUAGACAAGAUCAACAAUGAACUGCAGGAUUUCCAGAACAGAAUCCGGAAACUUCCCAAGGCGUUGAAGGAGUGGCAAGCUUUUAGUGACCUGAAGAAGACAAUCGAUGACUUCAACGAGACGUGCCCCCUACUUUACAUGAUGGCUAACAAGGCGAUGAUGUCCAGGCAUUGGAGCCGCCUGAGUGACCUCACAGGACACAUCUUCGAGGUGGAGUCGGAGAGCUUUGCCCUCAGAAACAUCAUGGAGGCACCACUGCUCAAAUACAAAGAGGAUAUUGAGGAUGUGUGCAUCAGCGCCGAGGAGAGGGACAUUGAGGCCAAACUGAAAGACGUAGUGGCAGAGUGGAGCAGCCACACGCUCACCUUUGCCCCCUUCAGGAACGGGGAACUGCUACUGAAGGGUACUGACACUGCAGAGAAGGUGGCCCCUAUGGAGGACAGUCUGAUGGUGCUGGCCUCGCUCAUGAGCAACCGGUAUAAUGCCCCAUUCAAGCCUUCCAUCCAGCAGUGGGUGCUGAAGCUGUCUAACACCACUGAGGUCAUAGAGAAAUGGUUGACGGUUCAGAACCUGUGGAUCUACCUGGAGGCCGUAUUUGUCGGGGAUAUCGCUAAGCAGCUGCCCCAGGAAGCCAAGAGGUUCCAGAACAUCGACAAGUCCUGGCAGAAGAUCAUGCAGCGUGCCCACGAGGUGACAGGUGUGGUGCAGUGCUGUGUGGGGGACGAGACCCUCAGCCAGCUGUUGCCCCAUCUUCUGGAGCAGCUGGAGGUGUGUCAGAAGUCCCUGAGCGGGUACCUGGAGAAGAAGAGGCUUGUGUUCCCUCGGUUCUUCUUUGUCUCUGACCCUGCUCUACUGGAGAUCCUGGGACAGGCCUCAGACUCCCACACCAUACAGGCUCAUCUGCUGAGUCUUUUCGACAAUGUGAACUGUGUGGUUUUCCAUGAUAAGAACUAUGACCAGAUCCUAAGCUUCCAGUCCCAGGAAGGAGAGACAGUAGACUUGUCUGAACCUGUUUUGGCUCAGGGAAAUGUAGAAGCCUGGCUGGGGCUCUUGUGACAGAGUGAGAAGACCAUCCAUGGCAUUAUCCGGCAGGCUCACAUGUCCAUCAGUGACGCAGGACUAAAGCUGGUGGAGUAGUCUGUGUUCCCAGCCCAGGUGGGUCUGCUGGGCAUCCAGAUGAUCUGGACCAGGGAUGCAGAGGAAGCACUAGGGUUCAGCAAGGGAGACAAAAGCACCAAGUAUGAGACUCUGAUAACCAUCCAUGUGCAUCAGAAAGACAUAUUCGACGACCUGGUGCGAAUGAACAUCCGAUCGACAUUAGACUUUGAGUGGCAGAAGCAAUCCCACUUCUACUUCAUCGAGGACAAGGACAGAUGUAUAAUCCAGAUCACUGAUGUGGAGUUUAGCUACUGCAAUGAGUAUCUGGGCUGUACCGACAGACUGGUCAUCACCCCUCUCACUGACAGGUGUUACAUCACCCUGUCCCAGGCCCUGGGUAUGAGUAUGGGCGGAGCCCCGGCAGGGCCGGCUGGUACAGGUAAGACCGAGACCACCAAAGACAUGGGCCGUUGCCUGGGGAAGUACGUUGUCGUCUUCAACUGCUCUGACCAGAUGGACUAUAGAGGGCUAGGACGAAUCUAUAAAGGUUUGGCUCAGUCAGGUGCAUGGGGCUGCUUUGAUGAGUUCAACCGCAUCGAGCUCCCUGUCCUGUCAGUAGCAGCCCAGCAGAUCUAUAUAGUGUUGCAGUGCAAAAAGAACAAGAAGACACAGUUUAUCUUCACGGAUGGCGACUUGGUGGAAAUGGACAGAGAGUUUGGCAUCUUCCUAACCAUGAACCCUGGAUAUGCUGGCCGCCAGGAGCUUCCGGAGAACCUGAAGAUCCAGUUUCCUGUGGCCAUGAUGGUUCCAGACAGAGCCAUCAUCAUGAGGGUGAAGCUAGCCAGUGCUGGUUUCCGUGACAACCAAGUCCUCAGCCGCAAGUUCUACACCCUGUACAAGCUGUGUGAAGAGCAGCUCUCCAAGCAGGUCCACUAUGACUUUGGGCUAAGGAACAUCUUGUCAGUGUUGAGGACACUGGGUUCAGUGAAGAGGUCCAACCCCACUGAGCCAGAAACGGUAGUGAUGCGAGUGCUGCGCGACAUGAACCUCUCCAAACUGGUGGAUGAGGACGAGCCUCUGUUCAUGAGUCUGAUCAACGACCUCUUCCCUGGGAUCAUUCUGGACAAAGCAGGCUACCCCGACCUGGAGGCUGCCAUCCACUCCCAGACCCAGCAGGCUGGCCUCAUACCUCACCAGCCCUGGGUCCUCAAACUGGUUCAGCUCUACGAGACCCAGCGGGUUCGCCACGGUAUGAUGACACUAGGCCCCAGUGGAGCUGGAAAAACCACCUGCAUCCACACACUGAUGAGGGCCAUGUUAGAUUGUGGCACCCCUCACCGAGAGAUGAGGAUGAACCCCAAGGCCAUUACUGCCUCCCAGAUGUUUGGUACCCUGGAUGUAGCCACCAACGACUGGACUGAUGGGGUCUUCUCAACCCUGUGGAGGAAAACGCUUAAAGCCAAGAAGGGGGAGCACAUCUGGAUCGUGCUGGACGGCCCUGUGGACGCCAUCUGGAUUGAAAACCUCAACUCAGUCCUGGACGACAACAAGACCCUGACCCUGGCUAAUGGCGACCGCAUCCCUAUGGCGCCUAACUGUAAGGUGGUGUUUGAGCCCCACAACAUCGACAACGCCUCCCCGGCCACAGUGUCCCGCAACGGCAUGGUGUUCAUGAGCUCCUCUGUGCUGGACUGGAAGCCUAUCCUUCAGGCCUGGCUCCAGAGGGUGCCACCACAGCAGGCAGAGGUUCUCCUGGGCUGCUUCCAUAGUGUUUUCCAGGAUCUGAUCAACUUUGUCUUCACUGCUGUGUCUCCCAAAAUGCCCAUCCUGGAGUGUAUGUACAUCAAGCAGACCAUUGACCUUCUGCAGGGUCUACUUCCUGCAGUGGAGGAAAAGCAGUCUCAGGGGGAUGUAUCAAGGCUCUUUGUGUUUGCUGUCAUGUGGUCAGUGGGGGCUCUGCUGGAGCUGGAGGACAGAUCCAAGAUGGAGGCCUUCUUAGAGGCACACCCUGCCACUCUGGACCUGCCCCAGACCCAAGGAGACCAGACCAUCUUUGAGUUCAUGGUCAAUGAACGUGGCCAGUGGGAGCACUGGUCCAAGAAGGUGCCAGAGUACAAGUAUCCCACAGACUCUGUCCCAGGCUACUCAUCUAUCCUGGUGCCCAACGUGGACAACGUGAGGACAGACUUCCUGAUGCAGACCAUCAUGAAACAAGGCAAAGCCGUGUUGCUCAUCGGGGAACAGGGGACUGCUAAGACUGUCAUGAUCAAGGGCUAUACUAGUAAGUUUGAUCCUGAAACUCAGCUGAGCAAGAGCUUAAACUUCUCCUCGGCCACCCUGCCCAGUAUGUUCCAGAGGACCAUAGAGAGCUACAUUGACAAGAGGAUGGGCUCCACCUACGGGCCGCCGGCAGGCAAGAAGAUGACUGUGUUUGUGGAUGACAUCAACAUGCCCGUUAUCAACGAGUGGGGUGACCAGAUAACCAAUGAGAUAGUGCGUCAGCUGAUGGAGCAGGGUGGUUUCUACAGCCUGGAGAGACCAGGGGAGUUCACCAGUGUGGUAGAUGUCCAGCUAGUAGCGGCCAUGAUCCACCGGGGUGGGCGCAACGACGUGCCUCAGCGCCAGAGGCAGUUCAGCACCUUCAACUGCACUCUGCCCUCCAAUUCCUCCAUCGACAAGAUCUUUCGUACUGUGGCACAGGGCUACUUCUGCCCCGAGAGGGGCUUCCCUGAGGUGUGCACCCUGGCCAGCGCCCUGGUGCCCACCACUAGGAGGGUGUGGCAAGCUGUCAAAGCCAAGAUGCUGCCCUCCCCAGCCAAGUUCCACUACAUCUUCAACCUACGAGACCUCAGUCGUAUCUGGCAGGGUAUUCUAACGGUGAGGACCGAGGUGUGCCAGGGGCCAGAGGUGCUGGCUUCACUCUUCCACCACGAGUGUACCCGGGUCAUUGCUGACCGUUUCGUUGACCACAAGGACAGACAGAGCUUUGACAGCAUGCUGGAGAAGGUUACAGUGGAGGAGCAUGGAACAGCCAUGAUAGAGCACCCCCAAUGGGAGGCCUACUUUGUGGACUUCCUGAAGGAUGCCCCCGAGACCACAGGGGAGGAGCCGGAGGACAUGGAGCUGGAGGCCCCCAAGGUCUAUGAACCCAUCCCGUCCUUCCAGGCCCUGUCGGAGCGCCUCGCCACAUUCCAACUGCAGUACAACGAGGCAGUCAGAGGCAGUGCCAUGGACCUGGUCUUCUUCGAGGAUGCCAUGAUCCACCUGAUGAAGAUCAGUCGUAUCGUCCGCACCCCUCAAGGGAACGCCCUCUUGGUGGGGGUGGGUGGCUCAGGGAAGCAGAGCCUCACCCGCCUGGCCUCUUUCAUCGCUGGAUACCAGAGCUUUCAAAUCAUCCUGACCAGGACGUACAACACCAACAACCUCAUGGAGGACCUGAAGUCGUUGUACCGCAUCGCCGGACAAAAGGGCAAAGGGGUCACCUUCAUCUUCACCGACAACGACAUCAAGGAGGAGUCCUUCCUGGAGUACAUGAACAAUGUGCUGGCCUCGGGCGAAGUCUCCAACCUGUUCGCCCGUGACGAAGUCGAUGAAAUCACCCAGGACCUCAUCCCAGCCAUGAAACGCGAGCACCCUCGCCACCCACCUACCGCCGAAAACCUCUACGACUACUUCCUGUCGCGUGUGAGGAGCAACCUGCACGUGGUGUUGUGCUUCUCGCCGGUGGGGGAGAAGUUCCGAACAAGAGCCCUCAAGUUCCCAGGUCUGAUAUCGGGCUGUACUAUUGACUGGUUCCAGCGUUGGCCACGGGACGCACUAGUGGCAGUCGCACAUCACUUUCUGUCCCAGUAUACGUUCCAAUGCUCUGAGGAAGUUAAGCAGAGUGUAGUCCACACCAUGGGGACCUUUCAGGACCUGGUGGCUGAGAAGUGCACAGAGUACUUUGAACGGUUCCGCCGUCAGACCUACGUCACUCCCAGGUCCUACCUGUCCUUCAUCGACGGCUAUAAGAUCAUCUACUCAGAGAAGAUCGCUCAAGUGGGCAUGCUUGCUGAGCGCAUGAAAACAGGCCUGGCCAAGCUGAUGGAGGCAGAGCAAUCUGUGAGCCAGCUGUCCAAGGAGCUGGCUGUUAAGGAACAGGAGCUGGAGGUGGCCUCCAAGAAGGCUGAUGGCGUCUUGCAGGAGGUAACAGCCAAGGCCCAGGCGGCCGAGAAGGUCAAGAUGCAGGUUCAGAAAGUGAAGGACAAGGCUCAGGCCAUCGUGGAUGAGAUUGAAGCCGAUAAGAAAGUGGCCGAGAGGAAGCUAGAGGCAGCCAAGCCUGCAUUAGCAGCCGCGGAGACCGCAUUGCAGACCAUCAAGCCUGCGGACAUCGCCACAGUGAGGAAACUGGGCAAGCCCCCACACCUGAUCAUGCGCAUCAUGGACGCCGUGCUGCUGCUGUUCCAGCGCAGGGUGGACCCUGUCACCCAGGACCCAGAGAGACCCUGCCCCCGGCCCUCGUGGAGCGAGGCCCUCAAACUAAUGCAGCAGUCUGGCUUCGUCAGCAUGCUGGUCAACUUUAGUAAGGAUUCUAUCACUGAGGAGGUAGUGGAGCUGUUGGCACCAUACCUGGACAUGGAGGACUACAACCUGGAGGCAGCCAAGAGGAUCUGUGGUAACGUGGCUGGCCUCUGCUCCUGGACUGAAGCUAUGAAGGACUUCUUUUCCAUUAACAAAGAGGUCCUCCCUUUGAAGGCCAACCUGACCCUGCAGGAGGCCCGACUUGGUGUGGCCCAGGGGGAGUUGUCCCGGGCCCAGGAGCAGCUAGACGCUAAGCAGCGGGAGCUGGAUGAGGUGCAGGCGCUCUAUGACGCCGCCAUGAGGGAGAAGCAGACCCUAAUGGACGACGCCACGGUCUGCCGACGCAAGAUGGCCAACGCCACCGCACUAAUCGACGGGCUUGGUGGUGAGAAGAUCCGCUGGACCGAGAGCAGCGCCCUGUUCCAGACUCAGAUCAGACACCUGGUUGGGGACGUGUUGCUGGCUACUGGCUUUCUGUCCUACGCUGGUCCCUUUAACCAGGAAUAUCGCAACCUACUGCUACAGCUCUGGAGAAAGGAGAUGAGCAGCCACCACAUCCCCUACAGUGAUGAGCUGAAUGUGAUCAGUAUGCUGGUGGACAAUGCCACUGUGGGGGAGUGGAACCUUCAGGGCCUACCCAAUGACGACCUGUCCAUCCAGAACGGCAUUAUCGUCACCAAGGCCUCACGCUACCCCCUCCUCAUCGACCCACAAGGCCAGGGAAAGAUCUGGAUCAAGAACCGUGAGAAGGAUAGGGAGCUAGAGGUGACAUGUUUGAACCACAAGUACUUCCGCUCCCACCUGGAGGACAGCAUGUCUCUGGGCCGCCCCCUACUGAUUGAGGACGUAGGAGAGGAGCUAGACCCUGCCCUGGACAACAUUCUGGAGAAGAACUUCAUCAAGUCUGGCUCCACGUAUAAAGUGAAGGUAGGAGACAAAGAGGUGGAUGUGAUGAAGGAGUUCACCCUCUAUAUCACCACUAAGCUGGCUAACCCGGCCUACACCCCUGAGAUCAGUGCUAAGACUGCUGUGGUGGACUUCACUGUCACUCUCAAAGGCCUGGAGGACCAGCUGCUUGGCCGGGUCAUCCAAAUAGAGAAACAGGAGCUGGAGUCGGAGCGUGUGAAGCUCUUAGAAGAAGUGACUUCUAACAAGAGGAAGAUGCAGGAGCUGGAGGAUAACCUCCUGUACAGACUGACCAGCACCGAGGGCUCUCUGGUGGAGGACGAGUCCCUUAUAGAGGUCCUGAGAGUCACCAAGACCACAGCAGAGGAGGUGAGUGAGAAGCUGAAGGUGGCAGCCGAUACAGAGGUGAAGAUCAAUCUGGCCAGGGAGGAGUACCGUCCGGUGGCCACACGGGGCAGCAUCCUCUACUUCCUCAUAGUGGAGAUGAGCCUGGUCAACAUCAUGUACCAGACCUCCCUCCGCCAGUUCCUGGGCAUCUUCGACUCGUCCAUGGAGAAAUCCACCAAGUCCCAAAUCACCUCUAAAAGGAUCCUCAACAUCAUUGAGUUUCUGACCUACCAGGCGUUUCGAUAUACAGCUAGAGGCCUGUAUGAGGAUCACAAGUUCCUCUUCACCCUCCUGCUGGCCCUGAAGGUCGACCUGCAGGCCAGGAACAUCUCCCACAGCGACUUUCAAACCUUCAUCAAAGGAGGUGCAGCCCUGGACCUGAACUCUGUGGAGCCCAAGCCGCGGCGCUGGAUCCUGGACAUAACGUGGCUGAACCUGGUUCAGCUGUCCAACGUGCACCCCUUCACCCAGCUGCUGACCCAGGUCACCCACAACGACCGCUCCUGGAGGGCCUGGUUCGACGAGCCUGCCCCCGAGGAGGCCCCGGUGCCUGACGGAUACGACAGCAUGCUGGACACAUUCAGGAAGUUAUUGUUGAUCAGGAGCUGGUGCCCCGACCGGACCAUUGCGCAGGCACGGCAUUACAUCGCUGAGUCGCUGGGGCCUAAGUACGCCGAGGGGGUCAUUCUGGACAUGGAGUCUAUGUGGGCGGAGAGUGACAAGAGGACUCCCAUGGUGUGCUUCCUGUCUAUGGGCUCCGACCCCACAGAGAACAUAGAGAGGCUUGCAAAAGCAAAGGGAGCACCAUGCAGACCCAUCUCCAUGGGGCAGGGCCAGGAAGUGCAUGCUCGCAGGUUAUUGGCCAACAGCAUGGCUGAUGGAGGUUGGCUCCUCCUCCAGAACUGCCACCUGGGCCUGGACUUCCUGGACGAGCUGCUGGAGUCGGUCACCAACACCGAAAACAUCCACAGUGGUUGUAGGGUGUGGCUGACCACCGAAGUCCACCCUAAGUUCCCCAUCAACUUCCUGCAGUCGUCCAUCAAGUUCACCAAUGAGCCUCCUCAAGGUAUGAAAGCAGGGUUGAAAAGGACCUACAACGGUGUGACUCAGGAGAUGCUGGAGAUUACUAACCUGCCCCAGUGGAGACCUCUGUUAUACGCUGUGGCCUUCCUCCACACUACUGUUCAGGAGAGGCGUAAGUUUGGCCCCCUGGGCUGGAACAUCCCGUACGAGUUCAACCAGGCAGACUUCACCUCCAGCAUGCAGUUUGUCCAGAACCACCUGGACGAGUUGGACGUGAAGCGUGGCGUCAACUGGAGCUGCCUGCGCUAUAUGCUGGGCGAGGUCCAAUAUGGCGGCCGCGUAACAGACGACCUGGACAAACACCUUCUCAACACCUUCACCCGCGUGUGGUUCAGCGAGAGCACAUUCGCCGACAAGUUCUGUUUCUACAAGGGUUAUACUAUACCCAAAGCCAAGAAUGUGCCGGAUUACCUGCUCCACAUUGAGACCCUGCCACUGGUCGACUCGCCAGAGGUGUUCGGUCUUCAUCCUAAUGCUGACAUUACGUACCAGACAAACAUGGCCAACAAGAUCCUAAGCACCAUCAUCAAUAUCCAACCCAAGGACAGUGGAGGAGGGGGUGGGGAGACAAGAGAGGCCACUGUCCAGAAACUGGCCAACGAGAUGCUGGACAAGCUGCCACCAGACUACGUUCCACAUGAGGUGAGAGCUCAUCUUCAGAAAAUGGGCCUUUUCCAGCCCAUGAACAUCUUUCUGCGGCAGGAGCUUGACCGCAUGCAGCGAAUCAUAGGCUGUGUACGGAGUACCCUCACCGAUCUGAAACUGGCCAUUGAUGGGACCAUUAUCAUGUCAGAGGAUUUGAGGGAUGCCCUGGACAGCAUGUAUGACGCACGCAUCCCCAAGCUGUGGCAGAAGAUCAGCUGGGACUCUGCGACGCUGGGCUUCUGGUUCACGGAGCUACUGGAGAGGAACCAGCAGUUUUAUACCUGGAUCUCCAGUGGACGGCCCCACCAGUUCUGGCUCACUGGCUUCUUCAACCCACAGGGCUUUCUGACUGCCAUGAGGCAGGAGACCACGAGGAUGAACCUGGCCAAAGGCUGGGCUCUGGACACUGUCGUCCUGCACAACGAUGUCACCCGGAUGAUGAGGGAGGAUGUCACAGCGCCGCCGCCAGACGACAUGGGCGGAGUCUACAUCUAUGGACUCUUCCUGGAUGGCGCAGGGUGGGACAAGAGAAACGCCAAACUCACAGAGUCACCUCCAAAGGUCCUUUUCACAGUCCUCCCUGUGGUCCACGUCUAUGCUAUCAGCACGUUGGCUUCCGAUGCCAAGCGUCAGCAAGGGAUAAGCCUGUACCCCUGUCCCGUGUAUAAGAAACCCAGACGCACAGACCUCACCUUCAUCUUCUCCCUGCUGCUGCGCACCUUCCAGUCCCCUGACCACUGGACUCUGAGGGGAGUGGCUCUGCUCUGUGACUGCAAAUGAGUGGAAAUUUCAUUUCAAGUGGUAGCCAUUUUAGUUUUGCAAAACAUGUUUGUGUUGGCAGAGGAAGUGCGUGUGUGAGUGUGUGAAUGAGUGACUGUGUGUCUCAACCACAUUCUGAAUAUGACAAUGACGACAAUGUGUGUGUUUAUCUAAUUCCAAGUGAUUUCUCAGAAUUACUAUUUGUCUACGUAGUGCAAAUUAUUUGAUUAAUCAAUAAUGCUAGUAUUUUGUGCAGCCAAAUUACUAUAUUUGGAAUUUUUAUUAAACAUAUUUUCAAAGAAUAACAGUAGAUGUAAACAAUGCACAAGUCUUAUAGAAAUGGUUGUUUUUGAUUAACUCAUCAUAUCCUGGUAUUUUAUUUGUUGAAGUGCUGUAGAAAAGAUAGUUGUUAUGACAUGUUUCCCCUAUUCCAAUUUAUCCACUAAAAUCAACCCCUCUAACACUUCACCCUGUCAAAAAGCAUUUGAAUAGCAUCAUGUAGCAUCAUAGUAAUAACACUUUUAUAAAAUUGUAAUAAUUAUGUAAUAAAUCAGAGCAUAGCAAACAAG